GCGGGGUCACGCGACGUCUGUGUCCUUGUGAGCUUAUGUAAAGCAACUACGUCACGGUGUGAGAGCAGCAUCGGCCGCGCCCGAUGCGUCUGUAUGUCUUCUUAUUGGGUAACUCCGUCGAAGCCACCGAAAGCCAAGUGUGACUAACAUGCUCUCUCGCGUUGGUCACUCCAGCUGUCGACACGUUCACCCACGUUAAAUUCGAAAAAUUCACACUAUUUUCAGGAACGAGAACCAGGUGAGCGACUAAAGCGCUUCCAGAGCGUGCAUUGAGCAUCCAACCACCGAUACACAUACUCGUCAUGCGAUCAACUUCGAUGGCCACGGUCGCGGCAGUCAUGCUUGCGGCCGCGAGCAUCGUGGCAAAGACAGCCAAGGAAAUCUGUGCAUCACCUACGUGCAUUCGCGGUGGAUUAGAAACCAUCUCGAUGGAGAAGGCGCUCCUCUUGGCCCCUUGCGUUGGAGAAGACUUGAAGUGCUUUAAUUACAAGGAAAAAGAAACAUGCCCUUUCGACACCACGGUUGACUGCAGUAAGAUUGUACAGCAAACCACAACAGCCCCAAUCACCAUGGCUCCCACAUCUCCUGCACCAACUACCACUGCAUUGACAGCGACCCCCAAGGCUACCGAGUCUGAAAGCAGUGGAAACUACUACCCGUACAUCAUCGGAGGCGGUGCCGUUGCGUUGAUCGCGAUUGGCGCCCUUGUGUUUGUUUUGGUGCGCAAGUCGGACCGUAGAAACAACCAAGAUGACGACGACGUCGAAGCUGCAGAGUACGGAAAAGCAAUUGCCUCUCAGGCCAAGGAAGAACCUCCCACAUCGUCGUAUGGGUACUACCAGUCAGGCAACAAAUCUUUUGGCGAAGUACCCUUGCAUCACACCAAGGCAACUGUGAACCAAGACCUGCGUCGGCAAAACACAGGGUCAUUCGUGACCCCAGCACAACCCAUUGCGCGCCCCAAUACGGCUUCUUUCCUGCAGAACAACUCGCACUCGGUCAUCACCUCCGCCCCCCAGCCGCCAGUUGAAACAAAGGAACAGUUUUACGUCCCCGACACUCCUCUCGAGUAUCACCAUGGUGCAGCGGGUCCCGGGCCCGAGCCGAAUCGAAGGGAAUCCUUCGAGUUCUAAUCGACCUACGAGAAGUACAGUUGUGGUAGGAUGCUGGUUGUAUAGCUAACCAGCGCAAAUGUUACUUGUCAUGCCCGUCGCGUCGAGCGUCCGCCGCUGGCGGCAACAUGCUACGCUCGAUGCGCAUCCGGAUGACGAUCCGGUUGAAU